ACGGGCUCGCGUGGCAAUGAUUGAUGGUCUGGAGGAGCCACGGGAAGGCAACUUCCACAGUGAGCUAUUUUAAGGCCGUGUCCGUACAUGGAAUCGACCUUAAACCUGCAUCUUCCAGCACGACAGGUGCCCCCCCACCUUCUUGUGCCGUCCACCUGUCUUGUCUUCUCCGCGGUGGGCUGGCGACCCCAAAAGCAGCCGUCAUGCAGUAGAAAUGCUAUGCUGAUCCGGAGCGGACCCCCUCGGUCACCGGAUCAGCAGCAGCUGUUUGGCCACUCCGGUGCUAUUUUCACCUCUUAGGAUAAAAUGAUGUGCACGCCGCGCGCCGCGUCUCCCCGCACCCGCCACUCGGACGUCAGGCAGCCAGGAGGAUGAAGUCCCCGGGCAGCGACCGCGCUGACAACAGCAGCCUCACCUCCGAGCACGACGAGUGGGACGGGAAGUCCACCGGCGGAGAGGAGGAGCCGGCGGCCAGGCGGAGGAAAAGGCGCAGACGCGGCAGGGAGGCGCGCCUGGCGGGCGCCAGCAAGCAGCGGCAAGCGGCCAACGCGCGGGAGCGGGACAGGACGCAGGGCGUGAACACGGCCUUCACGGCGCUGCGCACUCUCAUCCCCACCGAGCCCGCCGACAGGAAGCUCUCCAAGGUGGAGACGCUGCGUCUGGCCUGCAGUUACAUCGCCCACCUGGCCAACGUCUUGCUGCUGGAGGCGGAGGAGGCGGAGGCGGAGGAGGAGGGGAGCCGCGACGGGCAGCCGUGCCUUCGCCAUCACGCCAUCGUGCACAGCUCCGCGCAGCCGCUGCGGCCCAUCUGCACCUUCUGCCUGAGCAACCAGAGGAAACAACAGCUCAGAGACGGCGGAAAGCGGAAGACUUAA